AGUGAAAUGGCUGAAGGUGGAAUUUUACUGGAUCAUGAACAGUUCAGCUGUGUGAUCUGUCUGGAUUUGCUGAAAGAUCCGGUGACUAUUCCCUGUGGACACAGUUACUGUCGGGGCUGUAUUAAGGGCUGCUGGAAUCAAGAUGAUCAUACUGGUGUCUACAGCUGUCCCCAGUGCAGAACGACCUUCACUCCCAGGCCUGUUCUGAGCAGAAACACUCUGCUGGCUGAAGUUGUUGAGAAACUGAAGAAGACAGGUCUCCAAGCUGCUCCUUCUGCUCUCUGUUACGCUGGACCUGGAGAUGUGGUGUGUGAUGUCUGCACUGGGAGAAAGCGCAAAGCCGUCAAGUCCUGUCUGGUUUGUUUAGCAUCUUACUGUGAAACUCACCUCAAACUUCACAAUGAGCUCAACCCAGGAAACACACAUAAUAUCAUCAAUGCUACUGGACAUCUGCAGGACAAUAUUUGCCCUCAACAUAAAAAACUGUUGGAGAUUUACUGUCGUACCGAUCAGCAGUGCAUCUGUCUGCUGUGUGUGAUCGAUGAACACAGAGGCCAUGAUAGUGUCUCAGCUGCAGUAGAAAGGACUGAGAAACAGAAGCAGCUGGGGGCGACACAGAGUCAAUUCCAGCAGAGACUCCAGGAGAGAGAGAAGGAGCUGCAGGAUCUGAGACAGGCUGUGCAGUCACUCAAGCACUCUGCACAGACAGCAGUGGAGGACAGCGAGAGGAUCUUUACUGAGAUGAUCCGUUCCAUUGAGAGAAGGUGCUCUGAGAUGAAAGAGCUGAUCAGAGAUCAGGAGAAGGCUGAAGUGAGUCGGGCUGAAGGACUCCUGGAGCGACUGGAGCAGGAGAUUGCUGAGCUGAGGAGGAGAGACGCUGAGCUGGAGCAGCUUUCACACACAGAGGAUCACAUCCAUUUCCUCCAGAGCUGUCAGUCUUUCUGUGUCCCUCCUGAACUUGGAGACUUACCCAGCAUCACUGGCAGUCCACACGUCUCUUUUGAGGCUGUGAGGAAAUCUGUCUCUGGACUGAAAGAUCGACUUGAGGACGUCUGCAAGGUGGAACUGGCCAACAUUUCUGAAUCAGUGAAAGUAGCCCAUACUGUAGAGUCCAGGACCAGAGAGGAUUUCUUACAGUAUUCCUGUCAGCUCACACUGGACCCAAACACAGCAAAUAAAUACCUCCAUCUGUCUGAGGGGAACAGAGAGGUGACCCGUGUGAAAGAGAGCCAGUCAUAUCCUAAUCAUCCAGAGAGAUUUGCGGGAAAAGCCCAAGUGCUGUGCAGAGAGGGUGUGUCUGGAUGCUGUUACUGGGAGGCUGAGUGGAGUGGGGGUAAUACAGUGUCAAUAGCAGUGUCAUAUAAACACAUCAGCAGGAAAGGAAAGGGUGUGGACUGUAUACUGGGAGGUAAUGACAAGUCCUGGACACUGGCCUGCUUUCCCUCCGGGUACUCUUUCUGGCACAAUAACAAGCGCACUGAAAUCCCUGUUCCACCCUCCUCCAGAAUCGGAGUGUACCUGGAUCACAGGGAAGGAACUCUGUCCUUCUACAGUGUCUCUGACACCAUGACCCUCCUGCACAGAUUCCAGACCACAUUCACUCAGCCCCUCUAUCCUGGGUUUGGGUUUUCUCCUGGAACCUCUUUAAAACUGUGUGAUCUGGCAUGAGGGGGAGAAAUUCAGCGGUCAUCAAAUCCAAAAGGGGAAUUCAUACCAAUACCAUAAAAAUAAUGUAACAGAAAUGUAAUUUUAUCAUUCAAAUUCAUGAACUAAAUAAAAUGUAAGAUCUUAUAUUCUUUCAGAAACAUUAAUUCUUUAUCACAAUGUUAAAAACAGAAGCAGACAUUCUUAGGAGUUUUCAUGACCUGAAUUUGUAACAUGAAGAAUUGAUUAAUUCCAUUAAUUUUGUCUCUUUUUUCUGUGAAUUUCUUUGUUAUUAGUUAGAAUGGCACUGACUGGAGUUUUCCUUUAUUUCUUUGAUGUUUGCUGUGGAAUGAUGAAUUGUUGGAUACAUAACAUAACAUUGCAUUGAAUUGAAAACUGUUUUUUAAUCCGCUUCCACAUAACCAUUUCUUCUUCGAUCAGGAUUGUACAAAAAAGUGAUUGACUGUUUAACUCAAACUGUGCAGUUGUGCAUUACAUUAAUUUAUGAAAUAAAAAUCUUACAAUCA